AUGAGCGACGGACAAGGGCAACACGGGUCGGAAGGGGGGGGGCGCGGGCGGGGAAAGAAAGGUCAAGACCGGUGGAGGAAGAAUGGGGAUUUCGCCAAGAAGGAGGACUUGCUUCAUCAGAUGAAGUGGCCCAAGACCAGGCGAAAGGCGUUGAUUGCCAUGUGGGAGUCAGAUAUGGUUCUCAAGCGCGAGGAGUAUUUCGCCCUGCUCACAGCGUCUUGCCAGCUCGGCUGGGCGGCAAUGGCAAGCAUGAUCAUGGAGGAGAUGCUCGCCAGCGGGGUGCCGGUCACCACUGCCACCUACGAUGCUGCCAUCAAGGCCGCUUGCAAGGCGAACAAGGACCGGCUAGCGUUGCUGCUCAUCGUUGACCAGUACGCGAGGUGGCAGGCUGAAAAGCAAGGAGAUAAGGAGGCGUUGCCGGCGGCGGGGACAGGGCAGGGAAGUAAGGCCACGUCUGCCGCGGGAAAGGGCACUGGGGGUGUAGGUGGGGGUGGGGGUGGUAAGGUGCUAUCCAAGUCCUACUUCCGGACGAACUUGUCCAAGGUGUUGCAGGUCACGAGUCGGACAGGCGACGUCGAGGGGUCGCUGGACGUCUUGAAGUACAUGGGGGCCAUGGGGAUCCCCGCCAAUCCAGGGGUGUGUCACCUCCUUCUCGCCACGGCGUGCAAGGCGGGGAGGGGACACUCCGCCCGCGUCCCCGGGAUCUUGCGGGCGAUGGGCGACUGCGGCCUGAGGCCUGACAUGGCGCUGCUGGACGCGCUUGAGAUGCUCCUCGAUGCCGGCAGCCCCGAAGUGGCGCUAGACUUGCUGGUGGAAGUGGCGGACAUCGGGAGGGAAAAGAAGGGCAUCGGGAAAUUUUGGCGCUUCGACACCAACGUUAGCGCCGCCGAGGCUUACUUGUUCGUCCUCAAGUGGGCUGAGAAAGCGGGAAGGCCAGACAUUGUCGGGAGUAGCAUCCAUGCGAUUCUACGAGAUCUGCCCCAGUCCUUGUACUACAACCGGGGGUCGGAGGGCGAGGAGGUCAGCGCUGCUACGGCCGCCGCUGCGCCCGUUUCGGCCACUGGCGGCAAGGGCGAUGCCGAUACUCCGGCGGCCGGGACCGCUUCUAGUGCCACCGCCGCCAGCGACGUUGUAGAGGGGCUGCCACCGACUGGUGUUAGUGCAGGCGAUGACGACCCUGAUCCUUUGACUAACGAUGACGAAGAGGAGGAGGAGGAGGAGGAGGAAGAAGAAGAAGAAGAAGAAGAAGAAGAAGAGGAAGAAGAAGAAGAAGAAGAAGAAGAAGAAGAAGAAGAAGAAGAAGAAGAAGAAGAAGAAGAAGAAGAGGAAGAGGAGGAAGAAGAAGAGGAGGAGGAGGAAGAAGAAGAGGAAGAAGGAGAAGAAGAAGAGGAAGAAGAGGAAGAAGAAGAGGAGGAGGAGGAAGAUGACGCUCUUGACUUGGAUGCUGGUAGCGUGACACGAAGCAGCGCCGGCGGCGGUGGCGAGGAUGCGGCCGGCGGUGGCGCUGGGGGCGGUGUCCUGGGGAGCGGAUCGGCGAGUAAGCUGUCAUCCGCGGUGUCUGGCGCGUUAACGGGAGCGAGGGGUGGGAAGGGAACGGAGGAGAGCAGUGGCGGCGAACAGGGGCAGGGGGGCGCAGGGGCUCAGCAGCAGCAGCAGCAGCAGCAGCAGGAGCAGCAGACGCAGGACAGGAACAAGGGCAAGAACAAGCAGUGGGCGAGGUUGGGGCAAAAGGAACUGAAUCGCCAGAGGAGGAACGAGGCCAUAUACAGGCAGAAGCAGAGUGUCUCCAUCCUCAACCACAUCUUGGCCGACCUCGCCGACUCUUCCUCCUUCACGAGCGGCCACACGGCCGCGGAAGUGUUGGACCGGUGGAGAUCAAUAACCUUGGGAGGCGCGGGGGCGGGAGGGGAGGCGGGGGGCGUGGCGGAGACAGGUCGAUACAGCAGGCCUACGCAGGCUUCCUACAUGUUUACGAUGUGGGCGUUAGUCCAGAGCGGGCAGUGGGGGCGUGCUCGGUUUCUGGUGGAGGUGAUGACGGCGGACGGGAUCCCGCCCAAGGUUGGCUGCUACUCGCACUUGUUGACGCUUAUGCACACCAGGCUCGCGUCGAGGCUGCCCGACCCCGAUAAAGACGUGCAUGUGGAAGAGAGCCUGUCCAUGUCGUCUCUGUCUCCGGUGGACCAAGCCGCGUUCCUGUGGUCGGAGCCCACGUACGAGUGGGACGAGGUUGUGUCUCUCCUCGGAGAUGCAAGGUCGACCGAGAGGGCUAAGUACGCCAUCACGGAGGGCAUGUACCACACCGCCCUCGACGUGCUUCAGAUGAUUUCCGAGAGGCCUGUGGAUGUCUCCCUUGGGGUGGUGGGUGGAGCAGCUACGGUGCCCCCCCCUCCCCCGGCGAAGGUCUUCCUGGACCGAGCGGAGUGCCUGCUAGAAUGGGCUCUGGACGCGGGCACCGAGAUGACCGUCGAGAUCCUAUUUCCUCUCCUGAAGCUCAGCCACACCGCCAGGGAUGCCGAGAAGGUGUUCAAGUAUUUCGAAGCUCUGCUGGAGACCGACACCCCGAGACAGGGCUGGGCCUACGCCACGACAUUCGCCGAAGCGUACGACAUGGCCAUACACGCGUGCGAGUUCGGGGGCGAGUCCGAGAGAGCCUUGGCCUACGUUCGCACCAUGGGGUCGGCGUCCGGUCUGAAGCCGGCGGCGAAGCAGUACGAGGCGGCCAUCAAGGCCAUGGUCUCCGCGAGGAGGUUCCGAGACGCCUACCAGUUGCUAGCCGAAGCGGUGGAGAACGGAGCGGAGACGGUCAGUGUGUACGACGAGGCCCUGAGGGCUUGUGCUUUGGAGGGCAACCCUUCCCAGCCUUACGGGAACGCGGGAGACGUGGAAGGCAUUCAGUCUGUCAUGGCAAGAGCAGGAAACGAGGUGUUCACCGGCGGGGUGAUGAACGCCCUGGUGUACGAGAGCGUGCUCAAGACGCUCGCCCCUCUAGAAGUCUGGCAAGACGCGGAGAUGUUCGUGAAGGAGGGGGAGAUGGUUCUGCCGGGAAGCCUGACCUACCGCACAUACGGGUACCUGAUGGUGGCCUACGCGGUGGAGAAGCAGUGGGGCGCUGUCGUCGAGCUGGCCCUGGGCACGGGGAGGUGGCCGGAAAGGAUAUCCGGCGGCCCCGAGGGGCGCUUUCACCCACCAGAGCUCAGGGAAACCACGUGUGCCGUGGCACUCAAGUGGCUCUUGACUCAGGGGGUCAGCGGCUGCGACAGCGUCGCUCAUGGGGGGGUGGGAGUGGGCAGUGGCGAAGUGGGGGAGCAGCAGGCCGAAGCGGUGGAGCGCGCUUUGGAGUACCGAAAGUGCGGUCGGGAAUUGUUCACGAGGCUCUUGGCAUCGGGAGCGCCGUUGAGGUCUGUUCGAGUUAUCAAGGCGGCCCUGGGGGGCAUCGGAGCGGAGCCGGGUCCGUCUUCCUCGGAUUCACCGGAAGGCUCAGAAGAUGCACCCAUAUUCUGGAAGCAGACUAUGCCCUUUUGGGGGGACCCCGAGAAGCCGUCGUCCUCGACAUCCACGUCGCCCCUGGCCAAAGAUUGGAAACCCCUGUCUAGCGACUGGCUGCUCUCAUCCCUCCCGGAGGAAGAGGCCGAGCGGGAGGUCGCCGCCCAGGCGUUGCAUGUGUGCACGGUAGUGGAGGUGUUUCUAAGGCUGUACUCGACGUGCGAGCAGCCCGGAGCCAACGGUCUUCACUCUCCGAUGGCCGUGGGACUCUUGCAACAGGCCAUAUCAGCGGCGUGUUUGGUGGACGACCCCGACCUUGCGGACCGACUGCUGAUCGCUUGGCUUGAACGCGCCCACGUUACCCAGCUGUCCCAGGCGCGUCUGCGGAGCGCCCUACGGAUAUCGCUGUCCGAGGUUCUCGCGGCCUUUUUCGCUGAGGGGCAAGGGGAGGAGGGCGUAUACCGGGGACUGUCGCUGAUUGGCCGGUGCCGUGACGCUGGACUACUACCCUAUCCCUUCGACUUUCUCGGCGCCAUGCGGGCGUGCAACACGGCAGGGCUUUAUGCCACCGCUCUCAGGCUGUUCGACCAGCUCACGGCGCCCGAUUCGGGCGACCCUUCGCCAGCGAUCGAAUACCCCGAAGCGGCCGCCGCCACGAUCGCCCUCGAGAGCUGCUUCUUGGGCGGGCGGCGGGACCAGGCCAUGGAGAUCGUGUGGCAGCUGAUCCGGCGGCGUCACCCCCUUACCGAAGCCUGCCGCAACCGGGCGAUCGUCGCUCUCACCUCGGCGGGGCACCCGGACAUGGCUCUUGACAUGGCGAGAGGGAUGGAGCAAGACCGACAUUACGCUGACCGCGCCACUGUAGAGUUCGUCGAAAGGUUCGAGAAAUGGGCGUUCGACGCAGCGGAGUCGUACGACCAAGCACAGGAGGAGAGAGAAGAACAGAGGGACGAAUCGGACGAGGACGAUAGAGACGACGACGACGGGGACGACGAUGAUUGGGAGGAAGAAGAGGAUUAUGACGAAGGUCACGAGGAUGAGCGUGAGACUGCUGCUGUUGGUGAGUCUGAUGCUGGCGAUGCUGAUACUGGCGAUUCCGAUACUGGCGACGAGUUGGUCUCAUCACAACCUUCGCUGUCGGCGUCGUCAUCAUUCACCGCACGAGAUCGCCAUGGCGGCGGCGGCGGCGGCGGCGGCGGCGUCAGCAGCAGUGAUCGGCCAGCAGAGCUGGUCCUCCGCUUCUUGCCGCUGCUAUCCGAGGCUCUCCGCAGCAAGCUCCGGCCAGAGGAAGAUGGAGAAAAGACCGCCCAGGUUGACAGUGCAGAAGCGGAGAAGGAGGACAAUGCUACCGCACCAAGUAGACCACAAUCAUAGUAGUUGCACUCGAUUCGAGAGAUGUUUGCCU